GCUGCUUCAUAAUUAACAUGGUGGACAAUGAACAUCAUGAAUGAUCAAAUGCGUAGACCGGAGCAGAUUUCUCCAAAGUCGAGCCCUCGAGGCUCAGUAUCACCUGCGUAUCAAAGACCAGACUCCUCUGGCACUUUAAAAACCACAAUAAGUUUAGGAAAAGUACCGUCAGUUCUUCAUUCAGGUCCAUUUUACUUGAUGAAAGAGAUGCCAAUUUCAGAAAAGACUGAGAUUACAGGCUGCACAAAUCUUGUAGAGUUUAAUGGUCUUGAGCAUACGUACAAUAAGUUCUGCAACAAGAAAGGAAAAGAAGAGCUUAGUUCAUUUCUUCCACACCUACCUGGAUAUAUUGAUGCCCCAGGAAUUCAAGAUAACAGCUCACUUCAUUCUUUGAUAGAGAAACCUCCAAUUGUAGGGAAAGAAAUAAUACCACUUUCCAACUCAGCACUAACCAGUUUUAGACUUCAUCCUGGACCAUUACCAGAGCAGUACAGAUUUAUGAGUCAGAUGCCAACCAAGAAGAAACAUAAACAUAAAAGGAAACGAGAAUCUGGUACCAAUGGAGCGCUGCAAGAAACAACAGAAAAUGCAUCAGAUGCACAUGAUAAACCAGCCAAGCAUAAAAAGACAGGCAAAGCAGAAGAAAGUGCUAAAGAACCAUCCGGAAAGAAAGAAAGUGGCAGUGGCAGAAAAAGAAAGAAGAACAAGAAGAAGAAAGGAAAAGACAAAGAUGAAGAUCCAAUGUCAUGAGGAAAGAGCUGAGAACAAGAUGUACAGAUCUCUAAAUCUACCAACAAAUACAGGGAUGAAAUUGCCAUAUUAUUGGGUCAUGUUGGCAUGUGACCGACAUGUGCUAACAAAUGCAACAAUAAGUGGUUGCACAACAUAACCAGGCAACAUUCUUAUCAGUUUGAAUUUCAUUAAAGCUGUGUGAAUAUUGCAAGGAGUCUUUGUGUAUUAGCUUGUAUGCACGCUGGUCUUGAUUUAAGGUAGUGCAAUGGAAGGAAGUCAGAGCUUUAAAUUGAAGUGCAUAUGUGUAAUUGUUAAAUUUUUCAGGUCCAACAAUUAAGAUUUUCAGGAUUUUGGUGAACCCGUUGAACAGAAUAUAAAAUUUUUCUUCAUAUAUUUGUAAAUUGGUUUAUACUUUGUUGAAACUAAACUUGAAUUAUAUUUUUUUGUGAAAUUGGGAGAUAUGUAAAGCAGUUUUAAAAGGUUCAUAAUACAUGUAUAUGUACAGUUUUAAUGAUGAAUCGAGGGGAGAAUUGGAACAUGUCUGUAUGUCUGUCUCUAUAAAGACUGUGAAUUUCAGUUAAUUAGUGGUUUGAGAUAGAAGUACAAUCUAGAAAUCAGGCAUCUCUUAGUUCAAUAGGGAGAGCACAGAUCUACAAGGUCACAUUGAGUGUGAUCCCUAGUAGGUGAGGGAUAUGUUCUUUGUGACAAUUUGGUAAGACAUUGUGUCUGAAAUCAUUCGUCCUCCACCUCUGAUUCAUGUUGGCAGUUACUUGCGGAGAACAGAUUUGUACUGGUACGGAAUCAGAAAUAAUAUGGGUUACGUUAAAUUGCACCGUUACAUAACUGAAAUACUGUUGAAAAUGGUGUUAAAAAACCAAACAGCCAUAAAAGACAGAAAACAAAAUUUAAUUGCUUUUAAAUUUUAUUUCAUCAUCAUAACAUAUAGCAUAAAACAUGCACAAAUCAAAACUACCGGUAGGUAAUUUUAUUCACAGGUAUCAAAUCUGAAUAAAAGUUCAACAAUUUAUUCAAUUGCAGAAUUUGAGAAAGGUGAAAAUAUGAAGAGGUGAAUGCUUGUUUGUAUAGUUUAUUUUAUGUAGCAUUCUAUUAAAAUAAUAUGUAACAAUUGGGAUGUGUUAAAUGUUUGAAGGUUUCUCAAAAAAGCCAAUCUUUUGCCAUUUACCACAGUUGAUAUAUAUAAAUAAUGUUAUGUCUGUUUUUUUUUAAAUGCAUAAUUAUGUACAAAUGUACAAAUAAACUGGUAAAACCAAA